AUGCUGCAUGGUCCCUGUCGACUGAAGCAUGUCUCAGCAACAUGUUCGGCGUCCUCCUUCUCGUCGAUUCUGCGGCGCAAGCUCCUGACACUGGCGAUCGAAUCCUCCUGCGAUGACACAUGCGUUGCGAUCCUCUCAAAAUGCAAAAGCCCCCAGCGUUCGCCCUCCGGAAGAGCCAACCUCCUUUUCAACGAGAAAGUCACGGCCGAAAACACUGGUAAGGGAGGUAUUGUCCCUGUCGAAGCACUGAAGAGCCACGACACGCACCUCGCGAAACUGGUCGACAAGUCUCUGUCGUCGCUGCCAGUGGCUUCUGGUGAGACACCCGGGUUCAAGAAACUCUGGUUUCGAGAUGGAAGUGUCAGACAAAAGCCAGACUUCAUAUCCGUGACACGGGGCCCAGGAAUGCCAGUGAACCUUGCCGUGGGGCUGAAUACUGCCAAAGCUCUUGCUGUGGCAUGGCAGGUCCCAAUGGUUGGAAUCCAUCACAUGCAGGCACAUGCCUUGACACCGAGACUUGUCAAUUCGCUGCAGAAACAGGAACGGAGUGUUAAGGAUAAAAUGAGACCGGACUUUCCAUUCCUAACGUUGUUGGUCAGCGGCGGCCAUACAAUGCUUCUCUACUCGAAAGGGCUGGUGGAGCACGAGAUUUUGGCCUCUACCACAGAUACUGCGAUUGGAGACGAGUUGGACAAGUGUGGCCGCCUCAUAUUGCCCAAGCAGCUGCAGGAAGGGACACUUGAUACUUCUUAUGGCAAGUAUCUUUCGGCAUACGCGUUCAAGAGUGCGGACGAUUACGGUUCAUGGAGUAUACCACGGAGUCGCCAUGAAGAGCUGCAAAAGCCCGUGAAUAAAUACGGCUGGAAUCUGGUCACGCCCAUGUCCAAAAGCAGAACACCCGCCUUCAGCUUUGCCUCCAUUGCCAGCCAGGUCAAAACUGUACUGCAUGACCGUGAGAGCCAAGGCAGUAGGACAACCAUGGGGGGGGAGGAACGCGUGCUGCUCGCACAAGCAGCCCUGGUAACGGCGUUCGAGCAUUUGGGCUCUCGAACGAUGCUCGCAUUGGAGAAACUCCGCGAUCAAGGUGUGCAGAUUUCGACCCUGGUAGUGAGCGGUGGUGUCGCUGCCAACGACUUCCUACGUUACUAUCUACGACGAAUGCUUGAUCUACGAUCCUUUGGACAUGUAGAACUGGUAUUUCCGCCCGUAGAGCUCUGCACCGACAAUGCGGCUAUGAUUGCAUGGGCGGGAAUGGAGAUGUUCGAGGCCGGAUAUCGAACAGACCUUGGAUGUACUCCCGUCAGGAAGUGGAGCAUGGACAGCGAAAGCGAAGAGGGAGGCAUUCUGGGCAUCGGAGGAUGGAUUGUGUCGGAUGAUCACCCUGUUGCAACAUGA